AUGGGAUCUAUUCCUCAAAGUCCCAGCGUGACCAAGUCGAUUGGCUCGUUGCGGAGAAGAGACACCGGCUUCCCGGAACCUUUUUGUGGCCAACGGAAUACAACCCUGCCACAUCCCGAUGCUAUUGUUAGCCCCGAUGCUUGCAUCACUGCAGACGACAUAUCUGUUUCCAAGUCCAGGACUCGCAGAUCAUUGCUUCACAGUCAAAAGUACAAGCAUACGCUUAGCCAUGGCAGAAUUUCUCCUAACGACAUGUAUCGGGCGAGCGAGAGCGUGAUGGUUGAUAGCGAUGGCGACUCCCCUGUACCACCACCAAUCGCCAGGAUGACAUCAAUCAACACCAGUUCGACUGGCAUUCGGCCCUCAACCAAGGACAGUUACGAUGACCGCAGAUUGAGCCACCCAAUCUCGGAAAUGUCCAUGGUAUCGCCGUCUACGACUUCGAGCUCGUCUGGCAGGAGAAAGAGCCUUUUUAGGAAGUUUAGAUGGAACCGUGACUAG